UUUGACAGGGGGCUUGAGGACAUUUUCCUGUCUUGACGUUGUUUCCGGCCGCCAACAGCGACAGCCCUUUUUCGCGGUAAAAUGAAAUAAUCACCGAUGGGAUUUAUUCUGUGAAAUGUUAUGCAUUCGCUAACGUAAAGCUAGCGUUAGCAUCACUAUUUUGCUGCUGAGACCAAACGACCAACUUGACUAGGUUCAACAAUCGACAACAAUGGCGCUCCCAACUGCAAUCAGUUUGAAAUCCCAGCUGGACCUCUUCUGCAUCCCCUGCGAUGAUGACUCCGUCCUAGAGAGGAUGGUUGAGCAGUGCAUUUGUCACAGGAUUCAGGAGGAUGGUUUUGAACAAGAAAAGUAAGUUCAAAUCGAGCCAGAAAAAAGAAGAAUCUUAUAACAGAACCAUGGACAUAAACACAUUGCAGGAUUUAAUAAAAGCUGAGGAGGAAGAGGAGAAUCUCCUCGACUCUUACUCUACUCCAGCAAAGGGUUCUCAGAAACGACCCUUAACCACUCCAGAACACCCGCAGUCCAAGAGGAGUGCUGCUUUGUUGGCCAGCCCCGGCCUGCUGCUGUCUCCUGCCAGCUUCUCUCCCAAUGCAACACCCUCACAGAAGUACAACCAGCGUGGAGCCAAAGGGGAGGUGGUGGUCACGUUUGGAGCCCCGCAGGGAACCCGUUGGUCGGGCAGGAAGACCCCGGCUGCGGGCGUCCAUGUGGACCUGCUAGAAGGGCCCGAAGACUCCCUUCGCUGCAGCUACAAAUUCAUGUUCCAGAGGUUACGAGAUGUGAGAAAUGUGUUGUCAGAGAAGAUUGAGGAUCUGGGGGAAACCAUCAGGUCUCACUUCCACAUUGAGGAGUUUUCCAGCGUGUCUCUGCCCGCACAGGACAGCAUAACGGUGUCGGGCCAGAUUUGCUGCGACAGUAACGGCAAACUGAACGCUCAGUCUGUUCUGUUGGAGGCGGGGCCGGAGCACGGGGGCCAGCAGGUUUCCGUGGACCUGUCAGAGCUUAAAGAGUACUCUCUGUUUCCCGGUCAGGUGGUAGUUAUGGAGGGAAUGAACACGACAGGAAGAAAACUUGUGGCGUCUAAAAUUUAUGAGGGAGUUCCGCUGCCAUUUUACUCCUCGGACAUCAAAACGGAGGCGGAUGAAGUCACAGAGCCGCUGAACGUUCUCGUGGCCUGUGGACCGUACACGCCUUCUGACAGCCUGACCUUUGACCCGCUCCUGGACCUCAUCAGUGUCAUCAUCAGAGAUCGCCCGGACGUCUGCCUGAUGCUGGGCCCGUUUGUGGAUUCCAGACAUGAACAAAUCGAGAAAGGCCAGGUGACCGAGACCUUCGAGGCCAUUUUCUCCAGAUGCAUUGAAAGCAUCGUGGAUGGAACGAGAAGCGUUGGAUGUCAUCUUGUGUUUGUGCCGUCCCAGAGAGACGUCCACCAUCCUGUCAUCUACCCGCAGCCCCCUUUCAUUCUGCCACACCUCAACAAGAGCCAGACCCAACGCAUCACUCUGGUAUCCGACCCAUGCACCCUCCUAAUCGAUGGCGUGACCUUCGGCCUGACCUCCACUGACAUCCUGUUCCACAUGGGAGCAGAAGAAAUCAGCAAUGGCAGCGGCUCUGACAGAUUCUCGCGCAUUUUGAAGCACAUGCUGGUCCAGAGGAGCUAUUACCCACUCUACCCUCCGGCGGAGGAGGUCAACAUGGAUUAUGAGAAGUCCCAGAGCUUCGCUCAGAUUCCGCUCACUCCAGAUGUCCUCAUCGUUCCUUCUGAGCUGCGAUAUUUCAUAAAGGACGUGCUCGGCUGUGUGUGUUUGAACCCAGGACGGCUCACCAAAGGUCAGGUGGGAGGAACUUAUGGGAGGUUGCUCCUUCAGCGCAGCGCCGCACCAGAAGGAGGACAGAGGAGGAGCCCAUGUGUGUCUGCUCAGGUGGUGAAAAUCUGAAAUCAGCUGGUUUGUCGCCCCGUCAUCUCCGACGGACUAAAAAAAACUUCAAAGGAAAUCUUCUGUACUAUUAAAAACAAUUGUUCAUUUUUAUUUUUCAAGAGGCCUGUUGGCAUUAUGUAUGGACGAUUAAAUACAGCAACAACAAUAAAUGUGUUUUCACAA